CCCAGGAUACCCAAGUCAGUACCAGCUUUAUGCAAUGGAGAAUACAAGACAGACAAUCCUAAAUGAUUACAUUACCUCACAGCAGAUGCAAGUGAAUUUGCGCCCUGACGUUGCCAGGGGACUGUCCCCACGAGAGCAGCCACUGGGUCUCCCUUAUCCAGCUACAAGAGGAAUCAUUGACCUGACCAAUAUGCCUCCAACAAUUUUAGUGCCUCAUGCAGGGGGAACAAGCACUCCUCCCAUGGACAGAAUCACUUAUAUCCCUGGUACACAGAUUACUUUCCCUCCGAGGCCAUACAAUGCUGCUUCUUUGUCUCCAGGACACCCGACACACCUUGCAGCAGCUGCAAGUGCUGAGAGAGAACGAGAGCGGGAAAGGGAGAAGGAGCGAGAGAGAGAGCGAGAGCGUGAGCGUGAGCGCGAACGCGAACGUGAACGUGAGCGUGAGCGUGAAAGGAUCACUGCUGCUCCCACUGACCUCUACCUACGACCAGGUCAGUAGAGGCUUUGACCCUUAGGGAACAGGUCUUGCUAAUUUCUUGUGGGUUAGGAUGCUUAAUUACUCUAUUUAGGCAAAUAAGAAUUCUAAGAUAAAGACAAUAUAUGUAAAAUACAAUCAAAAGUGCUGUAGAAGUUGGAAGGAACUUUCCAUGACUUAAGACUCAUUCUAAUUGGGCCUGAGCAACAUGGGUCUUCAGUUGCUUCUGAAAAUACUGGGUAGGAGACUCUUAAAGCUAAAAGGAC